AUGGUGGAUCAACAGACAAAUUUUAAGCAUUUUUGUAGAAUUUGCAAGAAGGGUUUCAUGUGCGGGAGGGCUUUAGGUGGGCACAUGAGAGCUCAUGGCAUCGGAGACGAGGGAGGAACCCUAGACGACAAUGACCCAGCCAGCGAUUGGGAGGAAAGAGGGAACAAUGAACCGACUAUCAAGAGAAUGUAUGCUUUGAGAACCAACCCUAAUAGGCUGAAGAGUUGUAGGGUUUGUGAGAAUUGUGGCAAGGAGUUCUUAUCUUGGAAAUCCUUCCUUGAGCAUGGCAAAUGCAGCUCUGAUGAUGCCGAAUCGCUCGUGUUUUCGCCGCCCUCCGACGGUGGGUAUGACCGGAGGGGAUGCCACUGGUCCAAGAGGAAGAGAUCUUUGAGGGCUAAAGUGGGGAUGAGUUCUAAUUCUAGUGAUCAGGAGGAAGACCUUGCGGCCACUUGUCUUAUGAUGUUGUCCAAUGCCAGGGUGGAUCCCUUGGAGGGCGAAGAGCCGGAGGAGUCCUGUGCCUCCGCCAGCAAGGAGGAGGAGCGGCGGAAUCCGACGAGUUCUCGAGCACCUCUAAACAACAAGGCCAAGGGGGUCGCCAAAGGACUAUUCGAAUGCAAGGCUUGCAAGAAAGUGUUCAAUUCUCACCAAGCACUGGGAGGCCACAGAGCCAGCCACAAGAAGGUCAAGGGAUGCUUCGCCGCCCGGCUUGAAGAUGCAGACGACGGCCUCGCUGAUGAAGACGUGAUCACGCACGACGAGUACUCGUUGAUCCCCUCAAAGCACAACUCCAGUAAUUUUCAGCUCGACCAUGGCAGCCAGGUUUCUUCGGUGGCUGCAGCGUCCAAGAGGAAAUCUAAAGUUCAUGAAUGCUCGAUAUGCCAUAGAAUUUUCUCGUCGGGACAAGCAUUGGGUGGCCACAAGAGGUGUCACUGGAUCACUUCAGGUUCGCCGGAGACAUCUUCGCUGGCUAAAUUUCACCGGUUUCAAGAUCACGUGGAUCAUAUACAGCAAAGACCCAAGUUCAGUAAAUCGGACGGACUUGAUCUCAACCUCCCGGCGCCGGGGGACGACCUGGCCGCCGGAAUAAGACGAGACCCAAUAAACCCGUUAAGUUUUGAAGUCUCUACCGAAAUACACUUACAGCCAUGGAUUGGCAUCGACUCAGAAGGAAAGAACUAUGAUCAAGAUCCUCGUCUCCGCCGCGGCCGCCACCAUCACCCUUGUGAUCGUAACGACAAUGUGGACAACGGUAACAAAGAAAAAGUCAAUAAGAAUAACAACGAACACAACAGCAACAACGAGGACGACGACAACAACAGUAUUUCAAUCCAAAAUGUGGAUGAUGAAGUAGACAGUAAGGUGAAGUUAGCAAGGCUGAGUGAACUCAAGGACAUGAACAUGGCUGGUAAUUCCUCUUCAUGGUUGCAGGUUGGAAUUGGUUCGACUACUGGUGUGGAGGCUGACCCAUAA